AUGUUCAAGCAGCUCAUCGUCCGUCGACCGUCGCUCCUUUUAGGCGUCGUGAACUCCUUUUCUACUCGUCAAUCGCAUUUCUCGCGUGUACAAUCAUUUGUAGAAACUAUAGCCUACCUCCCAUGUCUUCAGUGUGGUCUCCAGACGUCACUAUCGCUCUCACAGUCCAGUGACAUCCUGGUCGAAUGUGGUAAGACAAAGUUACCGCUCUCUUGCUCCCAGGAAUGUACAGAGAAGAUAAACGAAACACAAUCAGAUGUACUGGCGAUGUACGAUAGCAUGAUGGAAGACGUUCAAUACGCGACGACGUCUACAGCGUCGAAACUCUUUGCUGAAGUUUUACAAUCAAGUCGACGAGAGAGCCGUGAAUGGGAUGACGAAUGGCAAGUGACAUCAUGGACAGACUAUUUGAAGUUAUACUGUCCUAAUGAGCAAUGGCUGGAAGAUCUGAGGGCACUGAGAUUAAUGUCAUCGGCCUAUUCAUAUGUCAUGACACUCAGUAGAUUUCUCCCAGAGCUGGUUGAUACGGACAAUCGACAGAAAGUUGAAAAGCAGUUUGAUAUUAAACUGGUUGGAGAUCAGGUACCAAUAAUGUCGGCGAGAAAAAAGACACCCACGACGAAGGAGAACGAGUUGAUCCGGUUGGAAAUGAUCCAUGGCUUGUACCAUAAGAUCGAGCCAAGAAACUUGACCACGCCCGACGCGUUUGUGCUGUAUAAUCCGGGAGUUGGACACCCUCGUCUACGAGAAAAUUGGAAACUUACUCUUCAGACUGUGCUGGCCUCGUGCAAGCCACUGUUGAUUACGUCGUUUAGUCUAGAGGACCAACAACGUGACAUUGCUGCGUUACAAGAUCUCGUUGCAAGCAGCCCAGCGUUGAAACAACAUGAGCUACGAUUUCGAUGUCGGCCAAAGCAAAACUCGUUCCGCAGUUUAAAGUACCAGGUUGAUCCUUCCAAUGUGGGCGCACCCAUUCUGACAAACAACCGUGUAAUGGUGGUGCAGUUGGUUCCGAUUACUGGAAAAUUACAGGCAUUGUGA